AUGGUGACAGGCAGACAGAAAGUGGAAGAGGAGGAGAGCGAGGGGCUCCCAGCCUUCCACCAUCCCUUACAUGAAGUCGAUGGCAAUAAAGUUAUGUCUUCAUUGGCCCCGUACAACUCAUCUACCUCACCUCAGAAGGCAGAAGAAAGUAGGCGACAGAGCGGCGAAUCCGUAUCGAGCACAGCCCUGGGGACUCCGGAGCGGCGCAAGGGCAGCUUAGCAGAUGUGGUGGACACCUUAAAGCAGAGGAAGAUGGAAGAACUAAUUAAGAAUGAGCCGGAAGAUACCCCCAGUAUUGAAAAGCUACUCUCAAAGGACUGGAAAGACAAGCUCCUGGCAAUGGGAUCAGGGAACUUUGGAAAAAUAAAAGGGACUCCAGAGAGCCUUGCUGAGAAGGAACGGCAGCUCAUGGGGAUGAUCAACCAGCUGACCAGUCUUCCAGAGCAAUUCCUGGCUGCCAAUGAUGAGCAGAAGAAACUGGCUUCAUCUCAGAUAAAGAAACAGCGCCAGCAGAUGGAGCUGGCCAAGCAGCAGCAGGAACAGAUCGCGAGGCAGCAGCAGCAGCUUCUGCAGCAACAACACAAAAUCAACUUGCUUCAACAACAGAUCCAGGUUCAAGGUCAGCUGCCGCCACUGAUGAUCCCCGUGUUCCCUCCUGACCAGCGGACCCUUGCUGUAGCUGCGCAACAAGGAUUCCUCCUUCCUCCUGGUUUCCGCUACAAGGCUGGGUGUAGUGACCCUUACCCUGUUAAGCUGAUCCCAACCACCAUGGCAGCUGCUGCUGCAGUGACACCAGGCUUAGGCCCACUCCAGCUGCAGGAUGAAGUGGCCCAGCCACUGAACCUAUCAGCUAAACCCAAUACCUCUGAUGGCAAAUCACCCACAUCACCCACCUCUCCCCACAUGCCAGCUCUGAGAAUAAACAGUGAGGUGGGCCCCCUCAAAGCCUCUGCCCCAGCAAGAGUUAACAAGAAAAAAACAACACUGGAGAGUCUGACUCAGCAGCUGGCAGUUAAACCGAACGAAGAAAGGAAAUUUAUCCAUGGCACGAUGGAUUUCAAUAUGAGUGGAGACUCCGACGGAAGCGCCGAAGUUUCAGAGUCAAGAAUUUACAGGGAAUCUCGGGGACGUGGCAGCAACGAGCCCCAUAUAAAGCGUCCGAUGAAUGCCUUCAUGGUGUGGGCGAAAGAUGAACGGAGGAAAAUCCUUCAGGCUUUUCCUGACACGCACAAUUCCAACAUCAGCAAGUUAUUGGGAUCUCGCUGGAAAGCUAUGACCAACCUAAAGAAACAGCCAUAUUACGAAGAGCAGGCCCGCCUCAGCAAACAGCACCUGGAGAAGUACCCAGAUUAUAAGUACAAGCCCAGGCCGAAGUGCACCUGCCUGGUGGAUGGCAAGAAGCUGCGCAUCGGGGAGUACAAGGCCAUCAUGCGGAACCGGAGGCAGGAAAUGCGACAGUACUUCAAUGUCGGGCAACAAGCACAGAUUCCCAUUGCAACUGCCAGAGCUGUGUACCCUGGAGCCAUCGCCAUGGCAGGAAUGCCAUCCCCUCACCUGCCCCCAGAGCACUCAAGUGUGUCCAGCAGCCCAGAGCCUGGAUUGCCCGUGAUUCAGAGCACUUACGGUGUGAAGGGAGAGGAGCCUCAUAUCAAAGAGGAAAUCCAAGCUGAGGACAUCAACGGAGAGAUUUACGGAUGAGUAUGAUGAGGAAGAAGA